AGUUAAAAGCGUCGGUUGAUCACCAAGCCAGCACUCGCGGUAACCACGCCGGAGUCACGGGGACAGUGCUGGCACGGGCUUACACACGGCUAGUGCAGUUGUGCCAGUUCGUGCAGCCACAGGGGCUAGUGUUCAUACUGCUGUGUGUGCUCAUCGUUCACGCGUUUCUACCGUUUUUCCUCAAUUGAAAUGGACGAACUAGACAAAGAUCAAAUCAACAUCCUGAAAAAAGCCUUCGAGGCUUUCGACCAGGAGAAGAAGGGAUGCAUCGGCACGGUGAUGGUGGGCACCAUCCUGGCGAUGCUGGGACACCAGGUCUCCGACGACACGCUGCAGGAGAUCAUCAAUGAAGUCGACGUUGAUGGAUCUGGAGAGUUGGAGUUUGAGGAGUUCGUGACGCUGGCCUCCAGGUUCAUGGUUGAGGAGGACGCUGAGGCGAUGCAGCAGGAACUCAAAGAAGCAUUCCGGUUAUAUGAUAGAGAAGGCAAUGGGUAUAUAACGACGGACGUGCUUCGGGAGAUCCUCAGAGAGCUGGACGACAAGAUCAGCGCCGAGGAGCUCGACAUGAUGAUCGAGGAAAUUGACUCUGACGGCUCGGGAACUGUGGACUUUGAUGAAUUUAUGGAAGUAAUGACGGGCGGUGAUGAUUAAUUUAUAAAUAAAAUAAAAAUACUUAACAAACAACAAGAUGUGAUAUUUCAUUUUAAUAUAUCAAUAAGCUAAGGAGAUCUACAAUGAAAACUUUCAUGUUUAUUUAUUAUAUUAAUUUAUCUAUAUAUAUAAAAAU